UGCAGGAGUCACUCUGCCGGUGCUGGUCGGUGUUGGUCGGUGCUGGUCGGUGUCGGAGUCACAUACGGACCGGAGGACCGACAGACAGCGGACCGGUCGCACUGCAGUGAUGUCAUCGCUCCUCCUCUUCCUCCUGCUCCUCUUCGUCCUCACCCUGGCCUCAACGCUGGAGUUUCGUUACCACACCAACCGUGAGAUGGAGCAGUACCUCCUCCAACUCACCGCCUCCAACCCCGACAUCACUCACCUGUACAGCAUCGGCCCGUCUGUCACAGGUCAGCAGUUGUGGGUGUUGGCUCUCGGUCUCAGUCCGAGCCGUCACACCGUUGGCAUCCCCGAGUUCAAAUAUGUGGCUAACAUGCAUGGUAACGAGGUUCUCGGCCGGGUGCUGCUGCUACAGCUAAUCGACGACCUGGUGCGUGGUUACCGUAACAACGAAACGUGGUCAUUGCAGGUGCUGAACAGCACCCGCGUCCACAUCCUGCCGACGAUGAACCCCGACGGCUUCGAUGCAUCCAACACAGACUGCAUGUACAGCCAGGGCAGGGGAAACUAUAACGGCAUCGAUCUAAACAGGAACUUCCCCGAUGCUUUCGCUGGUCUCCGGAGGCAGCAGCAGCUCGACGAGGAGAAGCGGGAGGCAGAGGUCAGAGCUGUGAUUGGCUGGUUGAGGUCUGAGAGCUUUGUUCUCUCUGCGAACCUUCAUGGAGGAGCGCUGGUGGCCAGUUAUCCUUACGACAGCAGCAACGGAGGCAAAGAGCUGGUGGGCGGGGCCAGCAUCAGCCCUGAUGACGACGUGUUCAUUCACCUGGCCAAGGUUUACUCCCACAGCCACGGCUCCAUGCACCGGGGGUACCACUGCGGUGACAGCAGGCCCUUCCAGGAUGGCGUCACCAAUGGCUACCAGUGGUAUCCUUUGACAGGUGGGAUGCAGGACUAUAACUAUGUGUGGGCUCAGUGUUUGGAGUUGACUCUGGAGAUUUCCUGCUGCAAGUUUCCUCCAGCCAAUCAGCUUCCUGCUCUGUGGAUGGAGAACAGGAAGUCUCUGCUGGCCUUCAUCCAGCAGGUCCACCUGGGGGUCAAAGGUCGUGUGUUCGAUGGCUCAGGUGUGCCGGUCCAGAACGCAGUGGUGGAGGUCAAAGGUCGCAGUAAUAUGUGUCCGUUCAGAACCGAUCAACACGGAGAAUAUUACAGACUGCUGCUGCCUGGAAACUACAGCUUCACAGUGACGUACCCCGGUCACAAGGUUUUGACGGAGACACUUAAUGUCCCGCACGGUCCGGAUCACUACUCUGCCAUGAAACACGACUUCAUGUUACGCCUCAUCCCCACCACGACUGGUCGCACCCAAGCUCGCCCCACCAAUGCUAACCACAACCAAGCUAACAUCACCAAAGGUAACCCCAGCACUACCUGUAACUACACAAUACACCUGGAUUCAGGUGGAGACGUCUCCAGGUGUACAUGGACGGGGCUGGGUGUGGGGCUCGGCCUGGUGGCGGUGCUGCGAUCCCUGAUCGGCUGAAGCGGUCUGGCACUCGGUGUGACGGUCGCAGGUGACCCUAACCCUGCACGUGCAAAACAACCAACAAAGAACAAAAGCACGUGGCCCUCCAGAGGUUUCUGAAGGUGUACCACUCGCCGCCAGCUUCGUCACCGCUGAAGUGAUCUAAUUUGAGGGCAAAAGGUGAACCAGGGUGGAGGUAAAAGCCCGGGGAAAGUUCAUAUGCACUUCCUCACAAUGUGGUGCUGGAAGCUUUGGGACGACUCGCCGAGCUAAUGGACAUUUUGACAGCAGCCAGGGUUCCAUCCAAAUGUUGCAAAUUUAAACCGAAUUUCGAGAAAAACUGCAAAACAAAAUGCGAAUGAAUGUUUGUUUCCAUCCGACUGUUGUUUCAUUAUCAGGAAAUGGUUCAUGGAGGAAGAAGAUUGCAAAGAAGAGCAAAUUAGCUUCUUCUGUUUGACUCUGUCGAGAUGUUUAGCUCUUGAUCAAUGCUGGAAAUCCACUCAACAAAGAUGGCAUAGAUUUAUUUGCAGCAGUUUAAGGGAAAGUAAUUUAUUUAGCGACAAAAUGUCAUAAUUUUAAAUGCUGGUUAUUAAUGGAUUAGUGAUUUAACGAGCUGAACAUGUGAGAAACAUAUGUAUUGACUUUGUAUUUUGAGAAAGACCAAUCCAGUCCCAUCCUACGGCACGGAAGAACUCCAUAACAAAAAUGUGUAUUCAAGGGAAAAGAUAAAGAGGAGAAUAAUAGAGCCACUUUCACUGCAUGAUAGAGACAAUUAUGCACAGGAAUAAACUCGUUUUAUCUUUGAGUUCAUUAUAUUUUAAUGGAUUACAGGAGGACAAACAACUGCCUAAGGAUUUUGUCUUUCCUGCUGAAAUGUUCCAGCAUGCGAUGGGCGGAGGUAGUGAUAAGGCUCAUUAACUGUGGUGGAGUUAGACCAUGUAAUUUUAUAUGUGAGGAGGAGCACUUUAAAAUUAGCACUUGCACGGACUGUUUUCAGAGAAGGUAGUAUUUAAACCAGAGAAAAGGACGUUAAGUAGUCGAGCAUUGAAAUGAAGCUGGCGAGGCUGCACAUUAAUCAUCUACCUGAACUCACUGAGGUGCGCUUGAUUUACGACUCCAGACGAUUUAUACAGAGUCAUCAGACUUGUUCAUACAGGCGUUCAUCCUUUCUGCCUUUCAUGUUUUUUUGUAGGGGGGGUUAAACCAUCCCAUGGUUCCCAAUGAGGCUUCAUAUUAAUCUGAGGGGGUCACAAGAUUAUUAACAAGAUAGGAAAUAAGAAAUAAAAUCACAUUUCUGCCACACAAGUAAACGUCCAUAAAUCUGUUUAGAAAUAUAUAUUUUUUCUUUAACACGUUGCAGAACUUGCCUGAGAAUAACCACAUUUUAAAGUGUUUUCAGUAUCAAAGUAAUCCAGCGAUAGUUGUCUGCACACCUAUGGGUGCACUGCAAACAGGAGCUGCUAAUAGCUAAUUCGGCAUACUUUAAUGUGCCAAUUUGUCAAAAUGUAAAGAAAAACAGGCUAAAGAUAAUGUUUGUAGCCCAUAUCUAACUAACUGACUGCGUUUCAACAUUACACUUCCUCUUUACAUCACCUAAGCAUGAUGAGAACUGUAGUUUCCAAGCUUACAACCUGAUUAUCCCAUAAAUAGAAGUAAGACAGAAGUCUGUUAAUAUUACAUCACAUGUCAUUUAUAGCAGACAUGUGAUGCCUGGGAAUCAAACCUGUGACCUCCACCUGUGAGGUGAGACAUCUGAACCCUCAGCUCAGACAGUAUCUGUACACAGUAUAUAUUUAUAUACAGUAUAUAUUUAUUUGCAGUAUAUAUACACACAAUGACAAAACAACAGGUGUGAUGCCGGUUUUAACACGGAGGUCAGUGAUCUCAUUUUUCACUUUUGAUUUUUUGACAAAUAUCUUCUACACUUUUUCUACUUUUGUACUGUUUGAUAUUAAA